ACACACAACACAAAACAAGUCUAACUAAACAAAGAAAAAAGAAAAGAAAAAACACACACACAUACAAGUACAGAACACAAAGGAGUUCAAAUUAAUUAGUCAUUUAUGGUAAAAUAGAACUUUAGAACUUUCACCACGGUCUCUACCGAAUAAAGACACGGUAAAAAAAGUAAAGAAAAAACACUUUGGUGGUAAAUCAAUAUCAUCAUCAUCAUUCGUUAUUCAUUAUUCAUUCGUUCAUUCAUUCAUCACCUCAGUUCCAGAUCCAAACGGCACUGGAAUUUAAUUAAUACCCAAAAUAACCUUGUGUUCUUUAUUUCUCACUCUGCCAAGUUCGGUGGCUGUGUUGUUUUGUGCUGUCUUGUGCCAGGUUGUCCGUAGCAUUGAAAAAACCAUCACAAAAACCGCAUGUCAGGAAGUUCUGUUCAUUCGUUAGUUCUGCUGGUACCAGGUUUCCAUAGGUUGUUGUUGCGUUUUGUAAAUUGCAGCAUUUUGUUGAAGAUAAAAAGGAAGAGAAAAUGAGGAUCAGGAGCAAGUACAAGAAACCAACGGCUUUACGAUGUUGCGAUGCAGGGGGGAGAUGUUCUACUUUGGUUUUUGUGUUGAGUUUGUUAGGGUGUCUUCUUUUGCUUCAAUUAUAUUCCCAUGUUCAUCAGACGGAGAGACACGGUGGAGAGACUCAUCUGCGUGCGUUUCAUCGUCAUCCGCAAUUUCGUGAACUUCAAGAAGCGGAAGAGGAGAAUCUUCAUGUUCCGCCGCCGAAGGGAAAGAGGUCGCCUCGAGCAGUGAAGCGCAGACCGAAACGGACAACUACGUUGAUUGAUGAAUUCUUGGAUGAAAAUUCCCAAAUGAGACCUGUGUUUUUUCCCGGUCGGAAAAGAGCUAUCGAUCCAAUGCAGGCGGUUGCGAAUGAUAAGUAUCAGUACUACCCUGGGAGAAUGUGGUUGGAUACGGAUGGUCAUCCGAUUCAAGCCCAUGGAGGAGGCAUUCUGUAUGAUAAAAACUCAAAGACAUACUAUUGGUAUGGUGAAUAUAAAGAUGGGCCUACCUACCAUGCUCACAAGAAAGGAGCCGCUCGGGUGGACAUUAUUGGAGUUGGCUGUUAUUCUUCCAAGGAUUUAUGGACCUGGAAGCACGAGGGGGUUGUAUUGGCAGCAGAGGAAACAGACGAAACCCACGAUCUGCACAAGUCUAACGUACUCGAGAGGCCAAAAGUGAUUUACAAUGAGAAGACUGAAAAGUAUGUGAUGUGGAUGCACAUCGAUGAUGCUAACUAUACCAAAGCGUCUGUUGGUGUGGCAAUCAGCGACACACCCGAUGGUCCUUUUGAUUACCUCGGUAGCCAAAGGCCACAUGGAUACGAAAGCAGGGAUAUGACAGUUUUCAAAGACGAUGACGGCGCUGCAUAUAUAAUCUACUCCUCCGAAGACAACAGUGAACUGCACAUCGGACCCCUAACCGAAGAUUAUCUCAACGUAACAUCUCUCAUGAGAAGGGUUCUUGUUGGACAGCACCGAGAAGCACCGGCUCUAUUCAAGCAUCAGGGUACAUACUACAUGAUCACAUCAGGUUGCACAGGUUGGGCCCCGAACGAGGCACUGGCUCAUGCGGCAGAGUCAAUAAUGGGACCUUGGGAAACAAUGGGAAACCCAUGCAUGGGAGGAAACAAAAUGUUUAGACUAACAACAUUCUUUGCUCAGAGUACUUUUGUGCUUCCUAUUCCUGGUUUCCCUGGAAUGUUCAUCUUUAUGGCAGAUCGAUGGAAUCCGGCAGACUUAAGGGACUCGAGAUAUGUAUGGCUGCCGUUGAUAGUGGCGGGACCGGCGGAUGAGCCUUUGGAAUAUAGUUUUGGAUUUCCAUGGUGGUCAAGAGUGUCCAUCUAUUGGCAUAGAAAAUGGAGAUUGCCUCAAGGGUGUAACCCUUUUCAAAUAAUGUAGUGUUGUUGUGUUUUGUACAUUCAUUCAAAAUCGUCUUAUACAACAAAAAUACUUGGGUAUAUAAGUGUUGCGUGUGAAGCACAUUGUGUAUUACUCAUAAAAGAUUAUAGAAACAUGAAAUCUCAAAUAACUGUUCAGCGGUUGAGAAAGAUUAUCUUCUUGAUCAUUAGAGUUUUGUUGAUAAUCCAGCACUGUUGAUUAGUUUUAGCCGCACUAUUGUGUGUAAAAUUAAUUAUGUAAAUGAUUCUUUCAUGUGUUUA